AUGUGUGCAAAAGUAACUGUUGUUUUGGAGGAUGCAGUUCCUACAUUUGAUGAAAGAGACAGGAAAGAUGUUGGCAUGUUUAAACUGCAUAGGGUUCUCAAAUCAAUGCUUGGGUCUGCAUUGAGUAAGUCUGGAAAUCUUCAAAUAUACAUCCACUCGACUAAAAACGUUUUGAUUGAGAUGAGCCAUCUUUUUGAUAUUCCUGAUGAUCCCAGUGAGUUCAAUGAAGUGAUGCACUACUUGCUGCGAAGAUACUCUGUUAAAGCAGCCAAUGGAGUAUUUCUCGCAAAGGUAAUAAAGAAUCCAAUAGAGGCCCAUUUACCACCAAACAGCAUGCAUAUGAGGCUUUGCUCUCGUGGAAAUAGGAUAAACAUUGAUGGCAUCAAGGCUUCUAUUGCAAAUGGAGUUGUUUUUUUCAUUAGUAUGGAUCCAGAAGAGAAUAGAAGUGUUGACAAUGAAGACAAUAUCUGUGUAAGUGUAUCCAAAUACAAGCUUUCUGCUGAGAGCUGCUGUUUGAAACUAGCAUGCAUACUUGAAGAGAUACUUGCUAUCUUCUAA